ACAAACAAACAUGGUGAUGCGAUCGCCAUUGAUCAUCAUUAUUUCAUUGUUUAUCUGGUCAUUACAAUCAAUUGAUACAUUGGAAAUAUGGAGUGUUUAUUUUGAUGAAACGCAAGAAUUCAUCCAUACUGAAGUGAAUCAAUCCGAUAAUCGUCUAAUUCGACAGAUUGUCAACAUACCAUUCGAUGAAGAUGUAGAUGAUCAACAACAAAUACGUUAUAUAAAUGAAAUUCGUACCUAUAUUGAAAAUCCGAAUAAAAUCAUACGUAUGGAAUUGAUACUUUGUGAUGAAAUCAACAAUGAUGAUGAUGAUCAAACGAUUCUUGAAGAAUUAUUAUUUACAAAUGAAAACCAAACAAAAUUCUUGUGUAUACAACGAUUAGCAGCAAUAAAAUGGCCAAAUAUUGAACAUAAUCAAACAUUGAUACAAUAUCCAUCCAAUAUUGGUAUUGCAUUCAAUCAUUAUCAAUCACCGGAAAAAUCAUUACCAAAACAAACAUUAUUGCUAUCGAUUGAAUAUUCAAAUGAUUUCAAACAAAUCAUUGAUCAAUCUGGUUUUGAUUUAUAUUUAUUUGAUCAAACUGAAAUUAAUAUUGAAGCCGGUAUAAUUGCUAUUGGUUUUGUACCGGAUUCAUUUUUUUUCCUACCACCAAAAUUAAAUCAUUGGUCAAUGAAAGGUGUUUGUAAGGCAAAUAAUUGUCUACAAAAUACAAUUGAAAAUGAAAUCCAAAUCCUUUCGGUUGUACUGGGUACAAAUCAUCAUUACCUGGAUGAAAUUAAUGUAGAAAUUAUUGAUCAACAACACAAGCGACGUCAACAAAUUUUUCAUCAUAAAAAUGGACAACAGAAAACAUUUGAAAUGUUAAUCGAAACACCAACAGUUCGUGCAAUGGAUAAAAUUAUUGUCGAAUGUAAUUAUAUAAAUACAUCUAAUCGAACUGUCAGAGCUGGCCUAGAAAAUGGUGAUAAAAAUGAAAAUUGCCUCGUCUGGUUACAUUAUUAUCCACGAAUCAUUGGUAUGGAUGCAUGUUUAUCAACGCAUUCAUUGGCAACAAUAAUAUCAUUAUUGGAUAUUCAUAAUUUAGAUGUUUCAUUGACCAGAUCAAAUGGAAUCGAUUUAAGAAUCUCUGACAAUAAUCAUAAUCAUGGUAAACAUAAACAAUUAAAUCUUGAUGAAUUUCUUAAUAAAAAAGAUCAAAAUCAAGAUUGGAAUCAAGAUAAAUUAAUACGAGCAAAAUAUAAUUCAAUAAAAGGAAAACAAAUAUCAAAAUGUGGUUGGAAUCCAAUGCAAAUUGAUUUAAAUCGACGUCGUAGAUGA